AUGUCGUCCAGUGACAGCAAGAGCUUGGACGACGAAAACGAUGAAAUAAGACUAACGCCGCCACCAGCGCAAGGCACUUCGAGGAGUGCCCAUGCGGAGCCAGUGCCGAGCUUUUUCGACUCGAGUUUUACACCCGCCGUGCUCGCUUUUCUUUCGGAAAUAGAGGACCGGGAACUGACACCCGAGCAGCUCCAAGCGCUGGAACAGAUCAUGGAUAAAACCAUAAACGAGGCCAAAAUACUUCUCUGUUGCAGUAACAUCAGCAAUACAAAGAAACUACAGCAAGAGGGUGGCGGUCGACUCGGGGACGCGCUGGUGGAUGCAUUCCAGCUCGCUGCGACUCAUUUAAACCAGACAGAAAAGCUUUCAUCUGACAUUACCACUCACCAAUUACUGUGGAGGUGUGGGCAAGUGGUUGACGUGCUUUGGGGUAUUGGAGUGGAGGAAAAGGAGCUCAGGGACCAGCACCUGCUUUGGCAGGAGCUUCUGUGUCGUCGAUGGAACGAGAUCGCUUCAGGUCUAGCACUCGAGCUGCUGCUUCUACAAGCUCAGUUAAAAUACACAAGGGCUUCUUCAACAACAUCUAGCGAGAUUCUGGAAGUGGUUGCCUCCACGUAUGCGUACCUUCCAGUUACACUGCAAAAAUAUUGUAUGGAUCAAGUGGCUACACUUGUGAGCACUUUCGUCGAUGAAGGACCGACAUUCCGGCUCACCCCACGAAUGCAAUUGCAACUGGAACUACUCGAGCACCUGACAACAGUGCAUGCCCUAAACGAUUCCGAUGAUUUGGAUACUGUGAAAUGGGUUAACGAGUACUUCCCCGAGUGCUUUGAAUGCUGUGGUGUGGUGCUUCAGCUACUGAACAAGCAGUACGACGGCGAAAAGGGUGAGAACGAUAGUGGGAUGAUUCGUAUGCUGGACACGUGUCUACUGGUGAUCAAGGCAGCGGUGGACUUCUUUGAGACGAGAAGGGAUGAUGUCUGUGCACUGCAGAGGAUACUCAUUCCUACGAUCACUGAGGCACUGUCCCAACUUGCCUGUCGCUAUGCAAGUUUUGGUGUCGCUAGCGAGGAGAUUUCUGAAGCGCGGUGCUUAGAGACGUGCUUGUAUUUGCUGGCGAGAACGGCUACUGUAUUAGAAGAGGACGAAUGUCCAGCGCUAAUCAAGAUUUUCGAGAAACUUUUUGCGCCUAAUUCGAAAUCUGACUUCAGCACUGCGCGACCGACGCUACUACCGACGCGCUUUGAUGCGGUGCACCAGAUCCUCGUUCACUCCAGCGUCGCUGGUAUUUUUGAGCCUGCGAUGUCAGCAUUGCUGCAAGUUGACGUUCUUAACGUCCCCCAGUAUGCACAGUAUUUGUUCACACCAGCAUAUUGUUCCACUGAAAAUAGUCAAGUCGAGCGCACUGCACGCUAUUGCAAUUGUACUCGCUUUGACAGGAGUCAGCAAGACGACACAGCGACUGACGACUCUGAGUCCGCUGCAAGUCUCCUCUCUGAUGGGAAUUCAGUUGGUGAACUAGUCUCUGAUCAAGAAAACGUUUCAGUUUGAACAAUAGCAAUUGAUCGGAUGUGUUACGCCGUGAACGUCGGCGAUGCGAGUGACGAUGGAAGCACAGUCACUGAAGUCGCAGCUACAGAGAAUGGAAUUGGGAGCUACUGUAUUCCGCCCUUGCCGAGACCGUGUGUGUCAUCGCUCACGUAACCGGGACUGUGAGCAGCACUCAGUUCAAGUGCAAAUCGGAAUGGCGCUGACAUCUUGCUUCGC